AUGUCGUUUUGGUCCUUUAAAUCAGUGCAUCAGACCCCUCCCUUUUCUUUCUGCUACCUUCGCUAUCGUCAAACGACUAAUUCGGCUCCUCCUACCUUCGGCUCCUCCUACCUUCACCACCGCCAUAACUCUUCUCACUUUGGCUUCUCCUACCUUCACCACCCUCUCCAGGUUCUAGAGUUGGCUGGAAAUGCAGCAAGAAACAACAAGAAAAACAGGAUCAUCCCACGACAUGUUCUGUUGGCUUUGAGGAAUGAUGAAGAGCUUGGGAAGCUUCUUGCUGGUGUGACAAUAGCUCAUGGAGGUGUGCUUCCAAACAUCAACCCCUUCUUCUCCCCAAGAAACAGGAAAAGGAUGGAAAGGAGCCCACUAAAUCUCCAUCUAAGGCCACCAAAUACCCUAAGAAGGCUUAAUCUUUUUAGUGGCUUACAUUUAGAGUAGCUUGUAACUUCAGUUUAUGUUGUUUUAAUUGUAGAAAAGCUGUAUGGUGCUCAUGAACUAGGAUGUUAUUAACUUUAGAUUUCCCUGCCUUCGUUAUAACAUCUUCUGUUUGAAGUG